UUCUCCGUGUAUGGGAAAACCCCAAUUGAUGUAGAUAUGCACUCACUGAUCGAGAGAAAAAAUCCCACCACACGGAAAGGUUCUCAACCCUGAAGUAGUCCGCUCACCCCAAAAAAUCUCGUUUGAUCACUCACUCGCGAACAAAUCUCAGUCGGUUCACACUCUCUUCACCUUUUUUUUCUGCUCAGCCGGCUUUCGGCUACUUCGCUCUCCUUCUCCGAAAGAGAUUAUCGCUCCUUACUAAUUCGGUUUUUCUUACUUCUUUUUGCACUCAGACGUUGACCCCGACCUUGGGUUCAACAAGGUUCAAUUUUGUCACACGCCACACUUUUUGCACAAAUUUGCCGCCAAGCUUUUUCACUUCUCCUCACCACUGAUUUAUUUCGCCCCCCUUUCUCGGUAAGUAAGGGUUGAAGAGGCAAACGACGAAAACCACACUCGAUUGAACACCGGAUGGCCUCUUUAAUGUUCAGGCAAAACCUACCACCGCUUAACUUGAGCGUGGACCACCUCAGAACCCCUUCCCCAAUGCAGGGUAGAAGGGGCCCUCGAAAACUAUUUUCGCGCGCGAAGAAAUGCCGGUGUGAACAGGUAAGUAUGACCUGGGUACACUCACAAAAGUUUAACCCGGUGAAACACGAUGUAGUACACAAACUACUUAUUAAAGUACCAUCCACUUGUACGCUAGUGGAUUUCAAAAUUUAACGCACAAAAUGACACGGACGAACGAUUUAAAACGCACAGAAAAACAGUAAAAAUCGACCAGCGAUUAAAAGAACGUCUGCACACAAGCGCUGCUUGAUGCUAUGAAUAUAUAGAAAGCUGUGUUCAAAUCAACUACAUGAUUAUUUCUUUAUGAUAACAGUAAAAUUGGUAACAAUAAUGGCAUAUUCGUUAAAAAUACUAUGGGUUCUUUGGAAAUGCAUUAGUAACACUGACUACUAUAUGUUGUUAAAAGAACUGCCGCUUUAUGCUGUCUAAAUACUGUUUGUGCGGUAGUAUUUACCAUGCAUAUUACUGGCGUCAAGUUUUAUUUUUCUUUCCAUUUCUCAUUUUACUAUGUUUAUGGUCGAAUCAAGGGUCGAAUGAAACAUGUUAUACCGACAAAUUUCAGCAGACUACAUUUUGCAUUAGAAUUUACCGCAAAUAUAGUUUUUCAGUGUAGUAGAGAACUUGACGUAGCGCCAUUUUGUGAAAAUCAAACUGCAAUCGAGAUCCGCCAGUCGCGCGUGCUUUGUUUUGGUUUACAUUUUUAUUUCUAAAUUAAAAUGAGUUUCUUGCAAAAAGUCGAAAAAAUUGAUGUAAUUGUCGACGAUACACUCGCCGAUCCAGAAAACAUUUCAGAGGAGGACCGUAAUCCGGAUUUGGAGACGUUGAUUGUUGAAUGGAAUUUGAGUCUGGCUAUUUAUGCAAUUCUUAUUCAACAUGGAUACUCAGUCCAAUAUGUUAAACAAAUGGACGACAGGUCAUUGGAUGAUGUGUUUUCGGUGGCCAAAUGGACGGGGCACAAAUUUGCGCUGCGGCAAAAGUUAGUUUUGUGGCCAGAGAGUGUUCUGUACCAGUCGGCCGGUACAUCGAGGGCAUGCCAAAAUGUAUCCGCAGUAGCAACAGUUCCUUUCGGAUCAACUACAGUGGCAUUUCAUUCGAACCCAUUGAAGCACCGUUUGCUGCCAACCUCCGUAACAUCGGAGUUGAUGAAUGACAUUUUGCGCCGCAAUGAAAAAGGAAAAAUCGUGGCCAAAUACUUCGAGAUCCAUCACUGCCUCGAUGCCACCCACAGAAAAUACCUCGCUCAUACGGUCGUCGAUUAUUACAUCGCCAAUGAUCUGUACUUCUCGCUACCGGACAUGGCGAAAUUCGCUCAGUUGAUUGCUGAACGUUUUUCUAACGAACUACCCGUAAAACUCCUAAAAAUAUGAUUGCUAUUUGCAAAAUUACAUUUUUUUU